AAACAGACAACAGUUCUCACAAGUUGGAUGAAGAUCAUUCAAGAAAUUUGACUUCACGAAUCCUUUGUCAUCUGACAAGUGUCUCCACAUCCAUUUGCUAUCCUCCCGUGAGAGCGUUCAGUGUCCUUCGCCAACAGUUCAGGAAAAGGGAGUCAUCUGCUAGUGUCAGAUUGUGGUGAAAUGGCUGCCCCAGUGAGGCUCAGAAUUAUCCUUGGGGAAAACAAUUCCCAGAGACUGACCUUGCAAGAUGGAAUUCCGGAGACUGUUGAUGAGAUUGUUCAGCACAUAAAGAGGCAGUGUGGGGUGGAAGCCCACUUCAGGCUGCAAUUUAUGGAUACUGAGUUUGAUAAUGAAUUUACUAAUUUGAUGUCAGUGUCAGAGAUCCAGGACAAAAGUACCUUAAAGCUGGUCUUUGAUCCAGUUGUCUCUGUCCUGCCUUGUGGCUCUCAACCCCCUCCGGCAUCUUCUCCUGCCUCAUCACAAUCCAGUAACGUGUCACUUUCAUCUGGCAGCUUGUAUGAUACCGAUAUUUUGUCUACUCCUGACUCAACUUCUUCAAGAUCCACUGGAUGGCCUUUAGUUUUUCUUGUGCCCCGAUUUCCAUAUGAUUGUGAGCUGCAGCUGGAGAAAGCUAAUGCUGCAUUCAAAGAAAGUGGAACUUUAUUGAAUCCUGAUAUUAGGCUUAAAACUGCCAUUCUUGACAGUUUAGCUGAAGCGAUUGUUCAGUAUAAAGUUUACCCCUCAGACAGUGAGUUUGAAGAGGUUGCUGAAGCCCUGGUAUCAUCCCAUCCAUGUCUGAAAGAACCAGGCUCUGCCACUGGAUAUGGUGGCUGGAAGAUGAGCCUUAAGUACAAACUUGCUAAUUACAGAAGGAAGCUGAAGGGGCUUGGAUGCCCAGAGGUUGAAUUGAAUUCCCUCACCAAUAAACCUGCAGACAAAUGCAGCCCUGCUUAUGGUGUGAAAAAGCCAAGAAAGGCUGAAGUAAAUUACUGUCCGACCUACCCAUCUGGUGAAUCUGCAGAGACGCUUGUAAAGAUGAGAGAAACCCUUCUUUUAGAAGUAAGAAAAAAGAACAAUGAGGGCACAGUGGCAGCAAUGAUGAAGAAGACCUUUGCACACAGAAGACAAGAAGUUAUUCGUGAUGCACCCUUGAUUGCUGAUUUCAAGACCAGAUGGCCAGCUCUCUCUGUGUACGUGUGA